AUGGAUGGUGAUGAUGUAGCGGCUGGAGCUCUCGCUGGAUUUGAUGCGAGGGAGGAGGUGGAAGAGGAGGCGGACGACGACGAUGCGGCGACUGAACCUGCAGCAACGGAAGCUGCUGAGGCUGUUUCUGACGCUUCUGCUUCUUUUUUCGCUUUCAAGGCCCUCAACAAACUUCUGGCAGACGACAGAGUUUCGCGUGUGACGUGUUCUCAUCGAUAUUCUGGCUUCUUGACCCUGUUGAUGAGCGUUGUCGGCGUCGAUAUGCAGCUCUGCAUACUCCACCACCGCGUGCAGGCACAGACCAUGUCAAACGAAGUCCAGACACUGUACGAGUUCCUGGGCAGCGAUAACCCGGCGUCGUCAAAGACUGCUGAGGCUGUCGAGCUGGACUUGUGGCGGGCGUGGGAUCGGCACGUGGCUGGGGCGCGAAAGGAAGAGAAAAAGGGUGGCAGGAAGAUACACGAGUUGGACGAGGAGAGAUCUUUGUUCCUUGCCGUCGUGGACGUGCUGAUGACGCGAAAGGAGAUGCGAAAGUACUACGACAAGGUGAUCCUGUUGCCUCUGACGAGCGCGGUAGAUCGAGAGCCCGUGCUGAGGAGUCUCUGCGGGAAGCACUGGCUGGCGAUGCAGUGA